AUGGCGGACUACGCCGCAGCACUAAAACAGUGUUCGGAACGUUGCGAGUUCGGAGGAUUCCUUGAGCAAGCAUUAAGGGACAGAUUUGUCUGUGGAUUGCGAAACAGGCAAAUCCAAAAGAGGCUGCUAACUGAGACCGAACUAACUUGGAAAAAGGCCCUUGAUACGGCCAUAGCCAUGGAAUCAGCAGAAAAGCAGGCAAACCAUUUCGGACCAGUGGCACCGCCCUCAAACAUUAAUGUGCUACCAGCACAUCCCGAUGGAACUGGACACUGGAGCGACCCUGUCUGUGAUGUCAGAAGAAACGUGGAAAGAGGCGUGUCCAACCACAACACUCCAACAAUCGAGCGCGAGACUGUCAACUUACUCAGGGAACCACUGACAGUCCUCAGCAAUGCAAUGAUUGAUGUUGAGUACGAAGGCCAAACCGAGAGGUUGCCAUUACAAAUCAUCAAAGGAAGCGGUCCAAGUCUGUUUGGACGUAAUUGGCUUUCCAAGAUUAGGCUCAUUUGGCCUACAAUCAAGAAGAUAAGUAAUGAACUUGAUAGUGUAUUAGAUAAACGUCCAGAAGUAUCUAAGGAUGAACUGGGAACACUGAAGGGCGCAAAGGCUCAAGUUUUUGUUGAACCCGGAGCUGUACCCAAAUUUCAUAAGCUUAGACCAGUGCCACAUGCAAUUAAGAGGGCUAUUGAGCAAGAACUUGAUCGAUUAGAGAAUAUGGGAGUGUUAGAGAAAGUUCGUUUUUCUAACUAG